UUAUUUUGCGGGGGUCGGGCAGUAACCGCCCCCAAAAUUGCCCUAGUUAUUAAGUCGCGCGUCGCCCGCAGGAUUGUGGCGCGGUUUGCGUUGGGCUAUCACUUUAUACCACUCUCUUCAACAAUGCCGUCGAGCAGCGGAGUGAGCUUCACUCGCGGAGCGCACACGCUUGGAAUUCCGCGCGAUUUACACGCGUUGAACCGUCGAAGACUGUGCGAGAAGCUGCGAAAUACCCUCAGCAACACGGAUGGUUCCUUCGUGGUCCUGCAAGGCGGUGAGUCGACGACCAUGUACUGUUCCGACCGGGAGCCCGCAUUUCGUCAGGAGUCCUACUUUCACUGGGCGUUCGGCGUCGAGGAGCCAGAUUACUUGGGCGCUGUGGACGUGGCUCAGGGGCGGUCCUAUUUGUUUAUGCCGCGGCUGCCGGCCAGCUACGCGGUCUGGAUGGGCCGCCUGCCGACUCUCGAGGACGUGCGCGCGCGCUAUGGCGUCGACGAGGUAUUCUACAACGACGCGGUGGGCGAUAACCUGCGGUUGAAAGGGGCUCGCACGCUGCUCACGCUGCGUGGCCGCAACAGCGACAGCGGCAAGAUCUCCGCUGAGGCCAAGUUUCCCAACAUGGAGGGCUUCAAGGUAGACGCCGGGCCGCUCUUCGAAGAGAUGGCCGAGCUUCGCGUUUUUAAGACUCCGCUCGAGAUGGAGGUCCUGCGGUACGCGAACCGCGUGAGCAGCGAGGCGCACAAAGAGGUGAUGCGCCGCAUUCGACCAGGCAUGUACGAGUACCAGCUCGAGGCUCUGUUCAUGCAGAAGUGCUACGGUGACGGUGGCGCGAGGCACGUGUCGUACACCUGCAUCUGCUGCAGCGGUUCCAACGGCGCUGUGCUACACUACGGCCACGCAGGAGCACCAAACGACUCGCCCGUCGCGGACGGCGACAUGUGCCUCUUCGAUAUGGGCUGCGAGUACUACUGCUACACGUCGGACAUCACCUGCUCCUUCCCGGCCAACGGCCGGUUCACGGCCGACCAGCGAGGUGUGUACGAAGCCGUGCUGGCGGCCAGCCGGGCAGUUCUGGACGCGAUCCGGCCCGGUGUUUCGUGGCCCGACAUGCACAGGCUCGCCGAGCGGCGUAUGCUGGAGGCGCUGCGUUCCAUGGGCGUGCUGAGGGGCGACGUGGACGCCAUGAUGGAGGCCCGACUGGGCGCCACUUUCAUGCCGCACGGCCUCGGCCACUUCAUGGGACUGGACGUCCAUGACGUGGGAGGCUACCUGAGCGCCGACCCUCCGCGGCCCACGGAGCCCGGACUGCGCUCCCUGCGGACGGCGCGCACGCUGCAGCGAGGCAUGGUGCUUACCGUCGAACCUGGGUGCUACUUCAUCGACACGCUCCUGGACGAAGCCCUGCGGUCGCCCAAGCUGUCCGCGUUCCUGGUGCCGGACGUGCUGCAGCGAUUCCGCAACUUCGGCGGCGUUCGCAUCGAGGACGACGUACUCAUCACGGCCGACGGCCACGAGAUGCUCACGCAGGUGCCUCGCACCGUCGAAGAGAUCGAGGCGCUCAUGGCCGAAGGCCGUCGCUGACUGCUGCGUGGCCGACCACUGUGGCAGCUGCCUGCCUGUACGGUGCAAUGUUGCAACUUGUGCACUGGUUGUUGACCGCACUGCUGUAUUCAUAGUCGGUAAUUAGAAUGCUUUGGCUUGGCCUGCAGCUUUUGUUCUUUAUUCAGCACGUCAUCACGAACGUUGUACUGAGAUUACUACAAAGCGCAAUUUUGCCCACUUUGCUGUUUUGUUUUAAGUACUUGGGAUGUUUUAAGUUCCGUUGUAAUGUACACCUUUGUCUGUAAUUGCGCAAAAAAAGUAUUAUCAGCCUCUGUUCGGCGUACUUCUUAUAGAUGGAAAGUAAGAAUAUUGCUUAAUAAAUCUUUUGGAAAUAUUGCU